GAAAGCACGGGCUGCAGUCGGGGACAAUCCAGCUCGAUUAUUGGUCAGUAAACGUCACACUCGGUGGUCCUGACUGGCUGGCUGCUCAGUGGCGUCAAUGCGCGGUUGCGUAACUGUCGAGACUCGCCGGGACCAGAAGCGCAUGACAGCAGCUGCCUCGUUUCUUGAGUCCACAGCCAUUUUAAAACCGUUAUCGCCUCGCUCGCGGGCGCGGUGGGCGGGCGAGCAGACAGCAGACGGCAGACAGCAGACAGCUGGCAGCUGGCUCAGUAGCGCCUGGCGCCUGGCGAGGCGCGCCACGUCAGCUCCAGCCCCACAUCUCCCGUCGCCGCCGCCCUGCAGGGAUGUCCUCCGAGGUCGGACAGCGAGACAGUGGCAAGCCGGCAUCCUGGAAGGAGCGCGCGGCCCGUGCGGCUGACGGCGCGAUGUGCUCGCGGUCCCUGCUGGAGCGCAAGCUGCCCGUGGCGGCGUGGCUGCCGCGCUACCGGCGCGAGGACCUGCUUCACGACGCCGUGGCGGGCGUGGCGGUCGGCCUCACCGCCGUGCCGCAGGGCAUCGCGUACGCCGUGGUGGCGGGCCUGGAGCCCCAGUACGGCCUGUACGCGGCCAUGACGGGGCCGUUCGUGUACGUGGCGCUGGGCAGCUGCAAGGACAUCACCAUCGGCCCCACCGCCAUCCUGGCCCUCCUCACGCAGUCCUUCGUGUCGGCCCACGGUGCGGACUUCGCCGUGCUGCUGGCGUUCCUCAGCGGCUGCGUCGUCUUCGCCCUCGGGCUGCUGCGCAUGGGCUUCCUGGUGGACUUCAUCUCCAUGCCGGUGACGGUGGCCUUCACCUCCGCGGCGGCCAUCACGAUAGCCUCGUCGCAGGUGAAGGACCUGCUGGGGUUCGGCGGCCAGGCCAACAACUUCGUCCAGGCGUGCGCCAACCUGCUCUCCCGCGCGGGGCGCGCCCGGCUCUGGGACUCCGCGCUGGGGCUGACGACCGUCGCCGUGCUCCUGCUCGGGAAGGUGCUGGGAGCGUCCAGCGCAGUCCGAACCGGGCCCGAGCGUGGCGUGUGGCGCCGUGCUGCGAGCAGCGCGCUGUGGUUGCUGUGCGUCGCGCGGAACGCCGUGGUGGUGCUGGCUGGAGCACUGGUGGCGUACCUGCUACACUUACACGGGGUCGCGCCCUUCAGGCUCACAGGAGAGAUCGAGGAGGGCCUGCCGCCCUUCCGGCCACCGCCGUUCAGCACGCGCGUCAACGGCACGGAGUACUCGUUCGUGCAGAUGGCGCGGCAGAUGGGCGCGUCCUUGGCUGUGGUUCCGCUCAUCGCGAUCCUGGAGAGCGUAGCCAUCGCCAAGAGCUUCUCCAAAGGCAAGUCGAUAGACGCGACCCAGGAGAUGCUGGCGCUCGGGAUGAGCAACAUCCUGGGCUCCUUCGUCCGCUCGAUGCCCGUGACAGGGUCGUUCACGCGGACCGCGGUGAACAACGCGUCUGGCGUGCGGACGCCCCUCGGGGGCCUGGUCACAGGGACGCUGAUAGUCCUCGCGCUGAGGUUCCUCACCGCGACCUUCUACUUCAUCCCCAAAGCGAGCCUCGGCGGGGUCAUCGUCUGCGCCAUGUUCUUCAUGGUCGACUACCGCGUCGUCCCGCUGCUCUGGAGCACCAAAAAGCUGGACCUCGUUCCGUUCUUCGUCACGUUCACGUGCGGCCUGCUGCUCAGCCUGGAGUACGGCAUCCUGCUGGGCGUCGCAGCCGACGUCGUGUUCAUCCUGUACGAGUCGGCGCGGCCCAGCGUCACCAUCAAGCACGUAACGGUGAGCGGCAACGACGUGCUGCUGGUGAGGCCGGAGCACGGACUGGUGUUCCCCGCGGCCGAGUACGUGCGUGACAUGAUCGUGGCACGCUGCUCCGCGGAGGAGCGGCCCGUGUUCCUGGUCGUGGUGGACGGCACUCACGUCUUCUCCGUCGACGCGACCACGGCCAAGAACAUGAAGCUGCUGACGGAGGACCUGGGCGUGCGGCGGCAGGCGCUGGUGUUCUGGAACUGGCGCGGCAGCGUGGAGAAGACGUGCCGCGGGCUGGACCCGUGCAUGGGCGCCUACUUCCGCUACGGCAGCACGCUGCAGGACCUCUUCCCGGGUGAAGAUAAUUCGAGGGUAUCACGUAACGAAGAUAUGACCCCAGUUCUGGCUGCGGAAGGAUGACCAACAUACCUAUUUAGUUUUUUUUUUUUGUACUGUCGGCUCUGUCAGCAUGCCAGGAAAUUUAACAUUUUAUGUAUAAAAGUACUUAAUUCAGGAUGUCCACAGAAAUCUGUAGUAAAAUUUCCCUGAUCAAAAUUUUAAACUUUCCCGAAUGAAUUUUGAAAAUGAUUUUUUUUUUUUUUUUUUUUUUUUGCAAUAUUCUGGAAGAAAUAAAGAACAUCCAGCCUUCACCAUCACUAUAGCUGGCCUAGUUCAAACAGGACUUUGGGAUAUGCCAUUUUAUAGUGUAUAUGACUGGUCACUAAAAUCACAAUUGAAAAUAAAUCUGCUUUCACAGUCUGUGUGAUGGCAGACUAGAAUACGUACAUGACAUUUUCCCCUCAAAUUACUAUCACUGGAGAAUUUCUAUGACCUUAAAGGAUUUAAGUAAAUAUUUACAUUUGCCAAUUCCAGCUUCUCUCACUUUUCAUUUUUUCUCUGGUUUCCUAGACUGUGAACACCCUGGAUUAUGUUACCAUGUGUGAUUAAAUGUACUGUUUUACAAUAUUUUCAAAAAAUACAUAACUGUGAUAAUGGCAGAAA